GCUCCACGGCAACAGCAACAGCAGAAGCAGAAGCAGAAGCAGCUGUAGCUGUAGCUGUGAUAGUUCAGAGUUGUUCUCGUCUUCACAGAAGCAGUAUGGCCAGUUUGGAGCAGGUGCAAGCAAUUGGAGAGGUUCUGGUGGACCCAGGACUAGACCUGACCCGCCGGUUCAGAGCCUUAUUUACCCUGAGGAACCUGGGAGGUGCUGAAGCUAUCAUGUGGAUUAGUAAGGCCUUCACAGAUGACUCUGUGCUGCUGAAACAUGAGCUGGCCUACUGCCUGGGACAGAUGCAGGACAAACAGGCCAUCCCGACUUUGAUUGAUGUUCUCAAAGAUACACAGCAGGAGCCCAUGGUUAGACAUGAAGCAGGUGAAGCUCUGGGAGCAAUUGGUGAUCCUUCAGUUCUGGACCUACUAAAAGAGUACAGUCAGGACCCUGUCAUUGAGGUUGCAGAAACGUGUCAGUUGGCUGUUCAUCGCUUGGAGUGGCUCCAGAGUGGAGCAGAGAAAGAGUUGGAAAAUGGGAGUACUAAAGAAAUCCCCUACCUCUCUAUAGAUCCUGCUCCUCCAGCAGCGAGCAGGAGUGUGUCGGAGCUGCGCUCAGAUCUGCUGAAUGAGAAUCUGCCACUGUUCACACGUUACCGUGCCAUGUUUGCUCUGCGAAACCAGGGAAGUGAGGAGGCAGUCCUGGCUCUGGGAGAUGGCCUGCAGUGCUCCAGUGCUCUGUUCCGUCAUGAGAUUGGAUACGUGCUGGGUCAGAUGCAGCACCCAGCGGCAAUUCCAGCCCUCUCUGCAGCCCUGGAGCGCCCUGGGGAAAAUCCCAUGGUCCGGCACGAGGCUGCAGAGGCUUUGGGCUCCAUCGGUAAGGAGGACUGUCUGGCUGUUCUGCAGCGUUACCGUGGAGAUGGAGAGCGUGUAGUUAAAGAGAGUUGUGAGGUGGCUCUGGAUAUGCUUGAGUAUGAAAACAGCAACCAGUUUCAUUAUGCAGAUGAGCUGGCGAGGUUGCAGGGUUAAGACUCUGUGGCAUCACUGAGGGGGCAUUUACUUGUUUUUUCGUUACAAUAAUCCUGCUGAAACCCUGGACUGUUGACCAUGAAGGGACUUCACUUCUUUACUGUCAAAGACAGCUGAACAUCAAACCAAAAGACAUGGAAGAGCUUCAACCAACCACACGAGAUGUUGAAGAACUGCUUAAGUAACAUCAUAGCUGUGUGGAACGUAGGUGUGUGGUAAACUGUGUGGACAUACGUUUCCUCCUUUUAGACAAUAUAGCAAAGUUGCUGCAUAGUUUGUGCACUUUGUGAUUUAUUAAGUAUGUUUAACUUUUUUCGUUUUACUGUCACACAACCAAUAACAGAAAACAGUGAUGGAUAUAUUUGAGGGUCAAGUGUUUUAAAGUGCCUUACAUCAGAUAUUAGGUUCCAGAUGUUGUUGAUUUACAGACAAAGCUGUCAUCACAUUAAGACACGCAUUAAGAUAAUUUCUUUUUGAACACAAUGUGUUUAAUGAUCUGUAAUAAACAAUUUAAUUUAUGUGUACACAUUCUGUGUACUUCACAUACAAGAGGACACCAAAAAUAAUUAGGCUGGUGUGAUGGAAAAGCUCAAAGAACACAGUAAGUAUUAAAGACUUUGGUGGCUCUUUAGUUACAGAUUUUGCUAAUCUGACUUUUUAAAAAUGUAAUAAAAUAAUUUGACUGAAAUUGGUCAAAAAAGUUGGUGUCAGACUGUUACGUUUAUCAAUAAAGGAGUGUCACUGAUACUGAACACACCUGACUACAUUUACAUGGGUCAUAAGAGCCACACGCAUUAUAUAUAUAAUGUAUAUGUGUGUGUGUUUAUAUGUAAGUAUUAAAAGGAUGACUAUA